AUGGAAUGUCUCUUUCCAGCUUCCAUGGCUAGAACUCUCACGGAAUUAGAAUCUCUUGAGGUAAUUGACUGCGGGGUUGAGGUCAUUGUUGAGAAGGAAGAAGUAGAAGGGAGACUUGUGUUCCCUAAACUAACUUCUUCGGCACUUGGGGUAUUACAAAAACUCAAGUGGAUUUCCCCUGGGGCACAUAAUUUAAAAUGGCCAGAGUUGAAAGAAUUGAAAGUGUGGGGAUGUGACCAAGUUAGCAUAUUUGCUUCUAAAUUCUCGAGAUUUCAAGAAACAAGUCAACAGUAUCUACUUGAGAGUUCAAUUCAACAUCCUUUUUUCUUGGCUGAAGAGGGUACAUUCCCGAAAUUGGAGGCUUUGAAAUUGGACCUUCAUGACCUAACCACACAGUGUGACCAGUUUUUGAUAGAGUCCUUCUGCAACUUAAAAUUUCUGGAGGUGCAAUGCAACCAUGAUACAUCAGCUAUUUUUCCAUCUAAUUUACUAAAAAGAUUACAAAAUCUAGAGAAACUUGUUGUGAGCUAUAAUUCCUGGCAAGAAAUAUUCCAGUAUGAAGAAUUUAUUGGCCCUAGAAAGCAUGCCAGGUUACUCCCACGACUAAAAGAGCUCAUUGUGUCUAAAGCACAAAUGUUGACACAUUUGUGGAAAGAAGAUAUCCAGGAAUCUCUAGCUUUUCACAAGGUACUGGAAAUUCUAGUCGUGUCUGAAUGUCACAAAUUGAAAAGUUUAGUGCCAUCCUUGAUAUGUUUCCCCAAUUUGACAGAUCUUGAGAUAUUGGGUUGUAAUGGAUUGAUCAAUUUAAUAACAUGCCCAACAGCCAAAAGCCUGGUGCAGCUCAGAAAAAUGAGUGUAAGCUCAUGCAAAGGAAUAACAGAAAUUGUUGCAAAAGGGGAUGAUCAAGCCAAAGUGAACAUGGGUGUUGAAUCUUGUGCAAAUCUUAAUAGCAUCUUUCUGUUUAAGAUGUUUAAAGUCUUCCAGAGUUUGGAGUUGGUGAAUGUAGUCCGUUGCGGUUCUCUAAAACAAGUGUUUGACCUACAAGGGCCAAGUUUUCAAGAAACAAGUGUUGUAACAGUCACGCAAUUGAAACACUUAUAUUUGGAUCAUCUGCCAAAGCUGAUGCACAUAUCAAAUAAGGAUCCUCGUGAUAUUUGGAGCUUUCAAAAUCUAUGUGAUGUACGUGUCGUCGGGUGCGAGAGCAUGGAAUGUCUAUUUCCAACCUUCAUGGUCAAAACUCUCACGGAAUUGGAAUCUCUUGUGGUAAUUGGUUACGGGAUUGAGGUCAUUGUUGAGAAGGAAGAAGCAGAAGGUAGACUUGUGUUCCCUAAACUAACUUCUGUGGCACUCAGGGCAUUGCAAAAACUCAAGUGGAUUUCCCCGGGGCAUAUAAUUUAG